UUUAUUAUAUGAUAAGUGUUUUGAGUGAUUGAGUGAUUGAGUCAUUGAAUGAAUGAAUGUAUUGCUUAUGAAGUGAGAAACACAUCCAUCACUUGAUUGUUAUUAUUAGUGAUAUUGUGUUUGUGUUUACCAUUAAUUGUCAUUUGUUUGGUGCGGCAUAUCGUGACACACACUGACCAUUGAAUUGUUGUUAACAAGUAAAGGAUAGGACAGUCAUGAAUAGGUUGUUUGGUCGCGGCAAAGACAAGGCACCGCCUCCUAACCUCACCGAUUGUAUCGCUAAUGUCGACAGUAGGUCUGAAUCGGUCGACAAGAAGAUACAGAAAUUGGACGCCGAACUCGUCAAAUACAAGGAACAGAUGAAGAAGAUGAGAGAAGGACCCGCAAAGAAUGCCAUCAAACAGAAGGCAUUGAGAGUAUUGAAACAAAGGAAGAUGUAUGAAGGACAGAGAGAGAACCUCCAGAACCAGUCAUUCAAUAUGGAACAGACCAACUAUGCAACACAAAUGCUUAAAGACACCAAAACUACCGUGGACGCUAUGAAACUGGGAGUUAAAGAAAUGAAACGCGAAUACAAAAAAGUAAACAUCGAUCAAAUUGAGGAUAUGCAGGACGAGUUAGAGGACAUGUUAGAGCAGGCAAAUGAGGUUCAGGAGGCACUCGGCAGAAGCUAUGGAACUCCUGAAGUCGAUGAAGAAGAACUUGAAGCUGAAUUGGAAGCACUGGGAGAUGAAUUAGCUUUAGAUACCGAUACCUCAUAUUUGGAAGAUGUGUCGGUACCUAAAGUGCCCACACGAGAACCCGGAGCUGAGAGUGUUAACGCUGAUGGCCAACUGGUUGAUGAAUUUGGUUUACCGAAAAUCGCUGCAACAUAAUAGAUGGACAAUAUCAGUAUAAAGUGUAUAAUUUAUAUAUAAAUAAUGUGUUUUAUAAUUAUAUAAUCGUAUAGGUAUUAUAAAUAUAUAUACAAAAUAUUAAGCUUGUUAUCGAUAACUCAAAAUCAUUCACAAUUAUAAAUAUUGAUUUUGUAUUUAUCAAUGAUAUCUCUUAACACUUGAAACCUAACGGCUCUAUUCAUAAGCUUUGUUUCAACAUUUUGUAAGAAUGUCUGAAAAUAAUGUGACGUCUUGUGAGGCAAAUGAAUGGUCCAUACGUUUGGCAUAACAACAAAUUUAUAACUAAUUUAAAUGAAAUUAAAGACUAUAUAAGUAUUGCAUUUUGAUAGCAAAUUAUUGUUAUAAAUUACUUGUUAGCAAAAAGUUCAGUCGUAUGCAUCACUUUAUUCAUACCAUAAUUUUUUAGCCGUUCAUCAAAUUCAGGAAAAUUGUCUGUUUUUCUUAAAAAUUAAUUUUUAAAUUUUAAUAAUAAAUAACAUU